GCACAAUUAAAUCAAAACAAAAACAAAAAAUGACAGCUUUGAUUUUGACACUUCUCACGAAUCUGUUCUAACCUGAUCUGACUCAAAAGCAAGAACAGAAAAUCCUGUUCUAAACUGUUCUAGAUUUGUCAAUGAACAGCAAACUAGAACAGUUCAGCACAGAAAAAACCUCAAUGAACAGGAAAAAGCUGUACUUUUCUGCCUAGAACAGUCCAGCAUAGCGUCAGUGAACAGAGCUUUUAACAUUUUAAAAAUCAAGCGAAUUAAAAAUGAUAAAAUCUGAAGUACAGCACCAGUUUUGGAUUACAAAGAAAACUGUACAACGAAAAUUAGGCUCAAAAGAAGACGAGUACAUAGUUUCGUCCGAUGCAGGACUUGAUUCGAAAAUUGCUCUGCUUAGAGCUAUAUCAGAGACGUGUUUAAAUCUUAAUAAAAAUUUGGAACAAUACCAAGAAAGAAUUUGCAUCCUGUCGCAAGAGGAAUGUGCGUUCGGUAGAUUUUUGAAGGAAAUUGGAAAGCGAAGUAAGACGACUGGAUCAAGCAUUAUUAAUUCCGGAAAAGCAAUUUACUUUUGUGGUCAGCAACGUAUGUCAGUGAGAGUUCCACUUCUUCGACUUCAACACGAAGUUGAUAUUUUUAGGUGCAGAGCUAUUAGUGAUACAGUUAUUACCUUGAACUACAUGGAAAAAGAAAGAACCGAAUACCGGGCGGCACUUUGCUGGAUGAAAUCUUUAAGUACGCAACUCGAUCCUGAUAAUGGAAAAGGGCUUGAUAAAUUCCGCCGCGCACAAUCGCAUGUGCGAGCUGGAAAAGAUAAUUUCGACAAACUAUCAUUAGAUUGUAUCCAAAAGAUAGAUCUUUUGGCAGCAGCUAGAUGUAAUAUGUUUUCACAUUGCCUAGUUGUUUAUAUGGCUGCUAUUCUUCAGUUUUCUAAGAAGUGUGAAUCGACCUUCAGAGCUGUUGCUGAAGCUCUAGCUUCUAACCCACAAUACGAUUUCUGUGUACUCAAAGACCUUUCUCAGAUUAUCGCUCCACUUGAAAUUCAAGUAGAAGACAAUGAUCCUGAUCAAUCUAUGCUUUUUUCGAAUGACUUCAAGGACAAGUUGAGCAACUCUCCACAAAAAAAUGAAAAGGAUACUCGAAUCGAAAAUGUUUUAUUAAAUGAAUUAAACAAUUCGUCAAAUCCCGAAUGCAAUUGGCCCGAUGAUAUUGACAUUGAUAACUACGUUGCUGGGUUGGAAAUACAUGGUCUUCCAGAAAGUAGCAUGGAACUGUAUCAAAAAUGUCAGCAGGAUAAAAAACAAAAACGGAAUAUAAUGAAACCAUCCCUUAAAAAAUCGGAAGAAAAGGAUUGGUUUAAUUUAUUUUCCGAACUUGAUCCGUUCGAAAAUCCGCAAUCAUUCGAUGCAAAACUUUAUACUAAAUCAAACACUCAACAAACAUAAAAAUUGAAGAUUUAAAUAGGGUAUACAAUCCCAAUAUACAAAGCAACACGGAUAUAAGAAAGUCUGAAAAUCCCAGAAAUUUGUUUCUUAUAUUCCAGUUUUUCUUAUAUAAAAACUUCGGAUAUAAGAAAGAAAGUUUCUUAUAUAUUAAACACGCAUAUAAGAAAAAAAAUUUUUACAUAAAAUUCAUUAUUCUGAUGUAUUAAAAUCCUGAAAAUGAAGUCGGUCAUAGAAUAUUUCUUUGCUGCCGGGUACAAAUAAGUUUGUUAAAAAAAUCGUUUUUUGGAUUGCUAUUGAAUUUCAGCCUUUUUUUUCUCUAUCGUUUGGUCCUAUCACCAUAGGUCUAGCGUAGAUCCUUCCUUAAGAAAUAAUUCGGGCCAAAGGAUUUAAAUCAGAAAGUUUUUAAAAUUGUGUGGGGUGCAAAUGGACUAAACUCUUGUAUUCAUAUUUAUAUAAAUUUUAAUUUUUAAAUAAUUAAAAAGGGAGAUAAAAAAAGAAUAUCCAUGUUUCUACGGUAUUAUACUAGGUCAAAAAAAAAUUCUCACAUUUGGUAAUAAUAAUUUAUCUUUAAUCACAUUCAUAUUUCCAGCUCUCUUCUAUAAAUUAAACUUUCUUAUCAAUGUAAACAAAGAUUUUUCUUAACUUAAGUCCUUAUUACCUACUGAGUUUGUUUAAACAGGUCAAUUAAAUUUUUUUGGUCAACAGGAAAUGUAUAUUAGAAAAGAUUUUCUAGAUGAUGUUUGUGCAUGAUUACUUUUUUGAAUUAAUUAUAUCUGGAUUAAUAAACAAAAAUGGAAACAUCCCGCAAAAUAACUUUUUCUAAAUUAACCCCUUUUUACUUGGCGCCAAAGAUUUAUACAAACAAUAUUAAUCCACGUACCUAAUUAUACAAACAAAAUUUCAUUAAAUAUAUUUUUUAACAGUAAAAAACUUUAAUG